ACUUGAAAUGUGAGUGAGGCUAAAGGUGCAGGUCAGGCCAAAGUGUCAAAGUCUUAUCUGCACAUGUGCACUGCUGAUUGUGUACUUGCAGGACAAUAUCUGUUUCUUCUGUAACUACAUCCAUGGAGUGGUUACAGAUGUCACUCUUCCACAUAAGCUUAUUGUUACUGGCUGGUUACCUGGUCACAGCCACCCACGCAGGUGCUGGAGAUAAUCAAACAGCAUCCACUUCAGAAUGGGAAGUUCCUUGGGUGGCAUGUGCUACGCUGGAGUGUGACAAGCCGUGUCCCACACUUCCACCCAGCUGUCCCUCUGGCAUCAUCAAGAAGUGUGGCUGCUGUGACGUUUGCUGGAAAUACCUGACCAAGAAGCUGUACUAUAAUUUCAGAACUGGCUCAUUCCAUAACAAGAGGUUGCAGUUGUGCUCCACAGAACAUAUGAAGGACAACUGUGUCGCAAGUUCCUUCAAGGAAACACACUGUGUGGUCCUGGUCUUGUCUGCAGCAGUAGUGGCUUAUGUGAACAUCUGCCUAAUGUUUCCAGCAGUGAGGAGGAGAGCCCUGAGUGAAUGACUUCACUGAAAUUUAGAAGAUACAUAUUUGUAGGAUCAAUGAACGGUGACCAAAGUAAUAUCAUCACUUAUUGGUGCUGCUGAGAAGUUGGUCUUGUAAUAUUGUAAUAGGGAGGAUCUGGUUUAAAUCUGUGCCCAAAAUGCAAAUCUGUAUUUUACCUAAUAUCUAAAAACCAUUUUCAAUUUUUGAGUUAUGUUUCUUUUGCUGUUUCCAUUUGCUCUGUACAAUAUUUCACUCUCCAUCUGUUUACACUGAUAAACUGGAACUUAAAGUAACAAUGUGUACAAUGUUUGUAUUUUUAAAUUUAAUGUCAAGAUGUCCAACUCAGUGCUACAAGUAUUCUGUGGACUUGGUAUAAAACUAUCUGACAUAUAUUCUUACACCUUAUUGCUUGUUAUAUCAGUGCAACCUCCUGUGGAAGAUUAAAGUGACACAUUUAGCUCAGCACUAUGGAAUCUGAUUUAGCAGAACCAGCAGUUGCUUAUCUUAUAGCCAUAAGCAUUUCUUUGGAAUAUCUGUCCACAUGUGGUGGUGUUGCUGAUAUGAGGGUAAGGGGCAAGGCAAAAUGUUCUGACACUAAUCUUUCCAGACAGCUGCAACGUUAGUGGAUUUCUAACAGCACACAAAACAGCACCAAAAAUACACCAAUGUAAGACUGCUCAGACAUGGCUUUAAUUUCAUUUACUUAUCUGCUUAUUCAAUCUGUUUGAUUAUAUGUGAUGUAAUUUACUAGAUGAUGCUGUAGGUUUGACUUAAAUCCAGUGUUUCCAAGGACAAAUAUUCAUAUUU